CUUCAACUUAUUUUCAUCAAGGCCAUCUAUAGAAUUCUCAUUCUGAGCGGACUCGCACAGAAAACGAGGGAUCUUGAUUUGGAGAUUGAGAUGGAUCAGCAUGAUCCACCAGUGUCUGAACUACUGCCGCUCAUGCGGGCUGCAUCAAUGUCACCAAAAGGACCAAAGUGGUCUCUGGAGGGCUCCGCUGACAGCGACGGGGAAUGGGGUCCGUCACAGAGUGUGAGGAAGUCUCAGAGGCCGAGGAACUGCACUCCCAUAGACAGUGGCUCUGAGAGCGACUUUCGGCCAGUUGUGAAGGAGGAGAUAAAGAUUGAAGUCACUUCACCAAGGGUUGAGCGGCCGUCGUCUCCCUCGGUGUCGGACGACGAUCCUUUCUCGGACCGCGCUCUGCAUUCUUUAGUGAAGGAGGAAAAGUACCGACCUCGAUCACCGUCACCGUCUGAGGACUUCAUCGGGUUCACUGAGGUGGACCGGGACAGUGCCUGUUUCAUCUCCAAUGCAAAAAGGAGUCUGUUACUUGGUUGUUCGUCUGCCAUUCGAGACUCUACUGAAGUUUUUGCUGAAGGAGUGUUCAUCAAGAGUCAACGUCUCGUCAUUAACUACCGAGAUGUGGACGGUCUCGAUGAUAGUAACAUAUUUUGUGACGUGUGCUGCCGCGAUUGGGACGGUGAAUGUCCCGUCCAUGGACCGCUAAAGAUCAUACACGAUACCAAGGCACGACCCGGUAUCGGAGAUGUCGACAGGGACGUCAAGACUCUCCCGCCUUCUCUCAGCUCUGGUCCGUCGACAAAUCCAGCGUCUGGCACCGGAGUUUUGGCGGAGAAGGACAUACCUGCGCGCCAAAGACUCGGUCCUUACGAGGGCACCUUGACCACAGUGGCGGCGGAAGAUUUUCGAGGCGCCCCUUUCCAUAGCUUUAGGGUGCAGCUGCCCCCCUUGCCCCCCUGCUUCCGCCGCCACUGCUUGACCACCGAGCAGGGUCAGGCCCGAAGUCGAACAACCGGGUACAGAUGGCAGAUCAAGAAGGGUAAGCGCGUGCAUCACUCGGUGAAUGCCGAAGACCCGAGCUGCAGCAACUGGCUCAGAAGGGUCAACUGUGCCCGCUCGGAGGAAGAACAAAACCUAGUGGCCUUCCAGUACCGGGGCCAGGUAUACUUCAGGACGUCAAAGGCCAUUCCGCGGGGCUCUGAGCUGCUGGUGUACUACGGAGACGACUCGGCCCGGGAACUGACCGUCCACUCGGAGACAUCUGGGGAGUCUGUGACUUCCUCUCCGGCCGGACCGUCAUAUUCAGGCAUCAGUGGCUCUCGGUCCAAUGUCCCCACUGCGACUUCCGAUGUCUGGGAAAGCAACGUCUGGACGGACACGUGAAGAGAUGUCACAGUGACAUCGACAGGAACGGGAGGUUCAAAUGCGAGCGGUGUCGGUACUCGACCGACAGGUCCACAGGCAUAAAACGUCACCAUAAGACUCACACUGGGGUGCGGUCGCACUGCUGCUCCAUCUGUACGGCGUGGUUGACUAAACAGUCAAACCUUACCAAACACUUGGGAGCCCACACGGAGGAGCGGCCGUACGGCUGCUCCAUCUGCACUGCAAGGUUCACUCAACCGUCACGCCUCACCAAACACUUGCGGACCCACACGGGGGAGCGACCGGUAGGCUGCUCCAUCUGCACAGCACGGUUUGCUUACCGGUCAAACCUCACCAAACACAUGCGGACCCACACUGGGGAACGGCCGCACUUCUGCUCUAUCUGCACUGCACGGUUUACUGAUCGAUCAAGCCUUAAAAGACACAUGCGGAUCCACACGGGGAAGAGGCCGCACGGCUGCUCUAUAUGCACUGCACGGUUCACUCAAGGGUCACACCUCAUCACACACAUGCGGAUUCACACGGGGGAGAGGCCGUACGGCUGCUCUAUCUGCACUGCACGGUUCACUGAGCAAUCAAGUCUUAUCAAACACAUGCGGACCCACACGGGGGAGCGGCCGUACGGCUGCUCCAUCUGCCCGGCACGGUUCACUAAGCGGACAAAUCUCACCACACACAUGCGGACCCAUACUGGGGAGC